GUAGAAAGGGGUUCGGGUGCAGGGGGCGGGGGAACGCGGAGCGAUGGCCCGCGCCGGCCGCAGGGCCGGAUAAGAAGCGGUCGCGCCGCGGGUGUGGGAGGGAGAGAGGAGGGCGCCCGGGCGCCGCGAGAGUAUGACGGGGCUGUAUGAGCUGGUGUGGCGGGUGCUGCAUGCUCUGCUCUGCCUGCACCGCACGCUCACCUCCUGGCUCCGCGUUCGGUUCGGCACCUGGAACUGGAUCUGGCGGCGCUGCUGUCGCGCCGCCUCCGCCGCGGUCCUAGCGCCACUCGGCUUCACGCUCCGCAAGCCCCCGACUGUCGGCAGGAACCGCCGUCACCACCGGCAUCCGCGCGGGGGACUGGCCCCGGCCGCCGCCCACCGGCGGCUACGCUGGCGCGCGGACGGCCGUUCCUUGGAGAAGCUGCCUGUGCACAUGGGCCUGGUGAUCACGGAGGAGGAGCAGGAACCCAGCUUCUCGGACAUCGCAAGCCUCGUGGUGUGGUGUAUGGCCGUGGGCAUCUCUUACAUUAGCGUCUACGACCAUCAAGGUAUUUUCAAAAGAAAUAAUUCCAGAUUGAUGGAUGAAAUUUUAAAACAACAGCAAGAACUUCUGGGCUUAGAUUGUUCCAAAUACUCACCAGAGUUUGCAAAUAGUAAUGACAAAGAUGAUCAAGUUUUAAAUUGCCAGUCAGCAGUGAAGGUGCUGUCCCCAGAAGAUGGAAAAGCAGAUAUUGUAAGAGCUGCUCAAGACUUCUGCCAGUUAGUAGCCCAGCAGCAAAAGAAAUCCACAGAUUUGGAUGUAGAUAUGUUAGACAGUUUACUUAGUUCGAAUGGUUUCCCUGACCCUGAUUUAGUAUUGAAGUUUGGUCCUGUGGACAGCACACUAGGCUUUCUUCCCUGGCACAUCAGGUUGACUGAGAUUAUCUCUUUGCCUUCCCACCUAAACAUCAGUUAUGAGGACUUUUUCUCUGCCCUUCGUCAGUAUGCAGCCUGUGAACAGCGUCUGGGGAAAUAGUGAUUUCGCUGGUCGCGUGAUUUGAUUUCAGGCUUCUGGAGAAAAGGACUCAAGUGACUCUGAUGUUUACAAAGCACCUAUGAAACCCUGUACACACCUAGUUCAUAAUCCUCAUAAUUUAUCAACAAACACAAAAAAGUGUCUUACUUGAGAGUAAGAGUACGUGUGAGCGAGUGUGUGUGUGCGCGCGCGCGUGUGUGUAUGUGUGUGUGGGAAUAAACUUAUAAAUGAGGAAGUAGCGGAGAAGGAAACAUGGUGAACUUGCACCUUUGAGCAGAUUGCAGCAAUGUUUUAGGAGCUGAAAUUUCAGAUUUAAAGGCUUCAGCCCUAACUACUUCCCUGUUUUUGUGGGGAGAGAAAGGGGCGAUUAAAGCUAUUUUGUUGUUUAGGGGGGUGGGGGAGCAAUUUUUGUUCAGUCUUUCCAAGUGACCAAACUUUAAGUUUUAAGAAUAAUAUAUUGACACAUGAAAUGGAAGCAUUCUGAGUUUGAGGGAUGGAGUUCCGUGUUGUUCUCAUGCUAAAAGUUUGCUCACCUUUGGAGAAGAGGGAAUACCUGUUUUCAGACAUCCGUCCAUUUUCAUCUCUUCAUUAUUAUCAAUGUGACUUGAAAAUGUUGCUCUGUUGUCUGUGUUCUGGGUUGUGAAGAUCAUUUGAAAAAAAACUCUUACAUUGGAAUACAGAAUUUAAAAAAUUUUAAAUAUUUUAUGAGACAGUAAAAAAAAAAGGUAAAAAGUCAUAAUCUGAAAAGUAACGGUGGAAAGUUUCCCAAAUAAGGCGAGAAAGUUUUGAUUUCCUUUUCCAUUUGGUGGGCAGUUUGCGAGAUAGUACCCAGAGUUGGUUUAAAAAAUAUUUCCAUUAACUAUGUUUAUUUAAAAUAAGCAUUUGAGGGAAGUUACCAAGGCAGCUCUUUUCCUCAGAAGUAACCUGUUGCUCUUUGGAAUAGCACAUGUAGGGCCAUGUUAGUACCCAGGAUUUUUACUGAGUAAAUCCUGAUGGUGACUUUGCAUUGAAAGAUCUUUAAGUGAGAUUGAGGCCUGUGUAGGUAAUAAAAUAUUACCACAGUCUACAAAAGUAAUUUAAUUUUGCAUGUUCUCUUUCAUGCAGAGAACAGCACUGGUUUUGUUAUUUUUUAAAUGAAUAGGUGAUUUUUUUGAUAAGUGUUUAGUAGUUCUCCCCUCUGUGCUGAUACCUGGACAGAAACCAUUCUUUAUAUAUUUGAUGAACUGUUUUCAGAAGAAUCUUAUCAACAGCAAGUGCACAACAGUUAUCCAAAAUGAUAUGUUUAGAACGGAGUAGGUUUAAAUACUAGGUCUCAGUCUGAAAAAUAGCAGAGAACACUGGAUUUGGAAAGCAAGGUCUCGAAUUGCUUGUCAAAUUCUGAGUCUAUGAAGAAUAAAUGUUUUGACUUUGGAUUCCAAAACUCCAUUUAUGAUUUUAAAAAUACACUUGAAAUAAAAUGAUUAUAAACUAAA